AUUCGUGUUGCGGAUCAUCGGCUCCUCUGAGAAGCUUGCUUGAUCGUCAUUUCGAUUAUUUAAAUCACACCUCCACCUCAUCUUCUUUUCUCUCGUCGCUUCUUGCUGGUUAUCCUACCGAUUUACUUCUCGUUCCUACUUCAGUGACGCUAGCUAUCUACUUCGUGCUUACUCCAACAGCUACUACAUCACACUAUUGGCGACCCUGCAUUUGCAUCGACUCCACAUCACCUAAUCGCCAACAUGCCUGUUAUCUCCCGCCUAAUCUCCAUUGUCUUUCGCGUCGCGCAAAUUGUUUGUGGUGCGGUCGUCGCCGGUAUCAUCGGUCACUACCUUGCCCAAUAUAGCGGUGACGCAUGGCCUGAGGCCCGCUGGAUCUACACCGAAGUCGUCGCCGGGUUAUCAAUCCUCCUGGGCCUGAUAUGGCUCAUACCAUUUUCCUCUGGAUUCUUUUCCUGGCCAUUUGACGUCAUCAUCUCCCUUGCGUGGUUUGCCGCAUUUGGUAUCCUUGUCAACGCCAUUCACAAGUUCAGCUGCGGCAGUAUCUGGCACUGGGGUGGUCUCUACCGCAACAAUACUUGCAGUCGCUGGAAGGCUGCUGAAGCGUUCAGUUUCAUCUCUGCUAUUGUCUGGCUUGCUUCGGCGCUUGUGGGUCUUUGGUUCACUUUCCGUGUCAGGAAGGAUAGCACUGCUCCUACCUAUGGUCGCCGUCGCUUCUUCGGCCGUUCUGCCGUCUAAACGUGGAAAAAUCUCAGCGCUAAAUAGUUGGUCCAUUUCACUAUGGACUACGAAUACCCCAUCUAACGGAGACUUGGAAAUGCUGCGCAUGUGCUUUGCGCCACGCAAAUUUCUCGACUCCAACGCUCUUUUCACGUGAAACGUUGAUUAAUGCUUCUAAUACAUGAUUGCCGCCAACACUAGUACUAAUUUUGCUCGAGAUUCCGCUUCUAUGUAUGGUGGAGGCUUUGAGGAGAUGAGAUGAGAUGAUAUCAUGAUUUUGCUUUGCUUAUACCCACCUAUAGCUGUUUGAGCUGGUUGCUUUUAGAGGUACUGAGGCGUCCAUUCGUUACUAUACCCCAGGAGCUGAGUCUGAGUGCUAAGCAAGACAUCUAAUGUCGAGCAUGCUCACUUGAAUAACUUACUUCAAUAUACUAUAUCAUAAUAUCAGAACUGAAACAGUC